UCUGGCCAACUUGUGGGGGUCAAACUCCAGAUCAGGCCUGCUGAUAGGUGGCAGUGUGGGGAUAUUUAUUCCGCUGAGCGACGCUGCGGGUGAACAGUCGAAGAAGCAAAGAUGGCAGCGACCAUGAAAUCGUCCGUGGCAGUUGAAGAUGUGAAUGUAACGUUUGAAGACCAGCAAAAGAUCAAUAAAUUUGCCAGGAACACGAAUCGGAUGACGGAGCUGAAGAAUGAGAUAUUGGAAAGGAGGAAAACUCUUCAGAACCUUCAGGAUGCCAGUGAUGACCUAAUGCUGUUUGACGACAACUCUCUAUUUAUCCCUUAUCAAAUCGGCGACGUCUUUAUAAAUCACUCCCAGGACGAAACACAAGAGAUGCUGGAAUCCGCAAAGGAAACACUGGAGCAAGAGGUCCAAGACCUUGAGAAACAAGUGUCAGCGAUACAGCAAGUGUUGAGUGAUCUGAAGGUGCAGCUUUAUGCCAAGUUUGGUAACAACAUUAACCUGGAGGCAGAUGAAAGCUGAGCAGUGAAAUGGACUUUGACAGUUGCCCCAGUUUGGACUUUUCCACAGACCUCCUGUAUCGGCUUCACAACAUCCCCCAAAAAUGAUUUCUUACGUUUGGUAGCAUCUUUCAUUUAUGCUAAUAAUGUGUUUGCAGUUUGGUGUUCACAAGGUCAUCAAAAAGAAAUGUUUUGCGCAAAUGAAUAAAUGUACUUCAUUUCUAAUGAAUUUCAAGUGGUCGCAUAUUCAAUUGUUUUUCACUGAACUGAUUACAAAUUUGCCAGAAAUUAAAAUAUUACAAAGCUCU